CCUUAUCGCGAGAUAUAGCCAGUUAUUUCGUAUAUAAACCGUAUAUAAGAUCUUCGGUGUUUAGAUUCCAUUGAGUUAACAUACCAACCGACAAUGUUGAUUCGGUGCCUUCUAGUUACCGUUUUGGUGUUCCAGGCGUGUCUGGCCGUUCCCUACCGCCUGAAACCCAGGAUCACCGAUGGUGAAGAUGCCGAACCAGGAGAAUUUCCUUAUCAAGUCUCUAUUCGAUUGUCUCUAUUUCCACCCUUGUUGCCUUAUAAUCAUGCCUGUGGUGGUUCGAUUAUAGACGAGUAUCAUAUCUUGACUGCUGGACACUGCGUCUUGCCAAUCGGCAAGCUCAAAGUUUUUGCUGGCAAGCAUCAUCUUGUUAAUGAUGAGGAUACUCAGCAAGAAAGUGACGUCGAGACGACUUACGUCCACGAAAAAUAUCCAGGAGGUGUUGCUCCAUACGACAUUGCUAUUCUAAAACUGAAGACUCCUCUCGUUCUUAAUGAGAGAGUGUCCGCUGUCAAAUUACCUGAGCAAGACGAAGUACGAACUGGAAAUGUGGUACUCACUGGAUGGGGCUCUACUUCCAAGUCAAUACUUCCAGUACUCCCCAAGGUUCUUCAAAAGGCUACUAUUCCUAUAUUGGAUAAUAAAUCUUGUCAGGAAAAAUUCCCAGAAGGUCCUAAGACACCACAAAUCUAUGAUUCACAAAUUUGCACUGAGCCUGUUGGAGAAAUAUCCGCUUGUUCUGGCGACUCUGGUGGUCCAUUGGUUCAAUUUGAUAAUGACACUCCUACCCAACUCGGUAUUGUUUCAUGGGGUGUCUAUCCAUGCGGUGUCAAUCGAAUGCCCUCGGUUUAUACCCGCGUAGCUUCUUACGUUGAUUGGAUUAAGCAAACAACAGGGGCUAAUAAUAUGGAUAUCCUCGACGAAAAGAGUAUAAAAUGCAGUCAAUUUGUUGCAUUGACAGUAAACAGCAAAAUGUCUCCUAAAGCAAUUGUGUUAUUUGCCUUCCUAGUAGCGGUGGUUGCGGGGAAGCCGCAUGUUGGUAUUCAGAUGCCGUCAUUCUUAUCUUUUACUCGACCACAUUUGCCUCUAAUAGUCGGAGGUGAACCUGCGCCAGAAGGAGCUUAUCCGUUCAUAGUUUCUCUUCAAGCGUACGGUUCACAUUUCUGCGCUGGAUCGAUUUAUAACGAAGAAAUGAUUAUGACAGCAGCUCAUUGUUGUCAAGCAAUUCCUUCUCUGGAUGUUAUUAAUGUCAAGGCUGGAAAGCACAAUCUUCAGGAUAGUGAGGCCUCCGAACAGUCGGCCGGAAUAUCACAAUAUAUUGUACAUGAAAACUAUCAAGGUGGCGUGGGCCCAUAUGACAUUUGCAUGAUUAAACUUUCGUCUCCAUUGAAGUACACGGACAGAGUACAACCCAUCGAAUUGGCACCAGCAGAAAGUGAACCAACGGGAGAAGCAUGGCUUUGUGGAUGGGGCUCCAUUUCAACGGGUCCCUUCCCAGUAUUGCCAGAUACACUUCAGCAAGUUAAAAUGGAGUACGUCGAUCGUCAAACUUGCCACGAUGCCGUUGAACGCUUAACAGGAUCUUCUCCCGUUCAUGAAACCAAUGUUUGCACAGGGCCAAUGGACGAAGGAAUCUCCGCAUGCAACGGAGACUCUGGUGGCCCUCUAAUCUCACGAAAUGGACAAAAAGCGAUACAAACUGGAAUAGUAUCUUGGGGUAUUGUUCCAUGUGGUAGUGAAGGUGCGCCAUCCGUGUUUACUAAGGUAUCUAAAUUCAACGAAUGGAUUGAGCAGAAAGCACUUGUUUAUGGUAAUCAUUAACGAUGGUAAUACUGACGACGUACAAGUGAUUGACGACAAGUUAUAUGUAUAUUGUUAUUAUGUUAUUUAAUAAAUAUAAAAUAAAUUGCAGCAUAAA